AUGAGAUCCAAGCCCAGCCAUGGAUCCGUCACCAAGCCGGAUUCCGGUUCGGUUCUUUCUCAACUAAGGCAAUCAAACCCUUCCGGCUUCCCGUGGUCUGAUGCGUCGCCGUCGGCGGCAAAGCCCAAAGAUGACAGCUCCACGAGCAAGGGCGUGACACCAGCAUAUGGCGCUCCCGUCUCUGAAGAGCUUGAUGACGUUCCACCAGAUGUCAACAUCAACAUUUUCCACGGCAACCGUGCUGCUAGUAUGAUAGGAAAGAAGGAUGAAAAGCAGAUGGAUCAACUGUUUGGCGCUCGAAAGAAGCUCAAGCCGGUUGGUCUUCCUGAGUUUGUUGUUCACUCCAAGCCAGCGGCGAAGGCGCCGGAGAAGAGUCCACCAGCCGUCAAAGCCGCCCCAGAGCCCACGCUGGCUGCACCUCAGGACGGUAAACCGAGUACAGAAACACCUGCAACGGCGGCUCCUGUUAGUUCGGAAAGCGAGCCAGUCCUCAAAGCCUCUGCAAUCGAAACGCAAAAAGAAGAGCCGCCAGUCGAGGACGUGCUUGGUGCAGCGGUCGACCAGUCCUCAUCCCCAGCCCCAACACCAGCAUAUGUUCUUAGAGAAUCCAAAGUUCCCGCCACCCGGAUUAGCAGACUUUGGAACUAUGGCGGUCUGGCUGCUGGCAUGAUGGGAGGCGCCAUCACGGAGAGCAUCGGCAGGGCCUUUGGCGGCAAGGGCGAGGGCUCGGUAUUGCUUAGCGCCGGCAAUAUGGAGAGACUGGUGUCCAAGCUGUCCAGAAUGAGAGGCGCUGCGCUUAAAAUGGGUCAGAUGAUGAGCUUCCAGGACUCCAAGAUGCUUCCGGGACCAAUCCAGGAGGUGCUACAAAGAGUGCAAGACCGCGCUGACUACAUGCCUUCAUACCAGAGAGAUAAGGUCCUUGUAGCGAACUUGGGUGCUGAAUGGCGGGAACUCUUUGAGGAGUUUGAGGAGAAGCCAAUCGCUGCCGCGUCCAUCGGCCAGGUCCAUCGCGCUACGCUGAAGAAUGGUAGAAAAGUGGCAGUGAAGAUCCAAUUCCCCGGCGUUGCUGACUCCAUCAACUCGGACCUCGAUAAUCUCGGCAUUCUGCUGAAUGCCACCAAGCUUUUGCCCAAGGGCUUGUAUCUCAACAAGACCAUCGACAACGCACGACUCGAGCUUGGCUGGGAGUGCGACUAUGAGCGAGAAGCCCAGUGUCUCAUCAAGUACAAGGAGUUGCUCGCCGGGGAAGAGGGCACUUUCCUCGUGCCCGAUGUUCACCUGAAAGCUUCUGGAAAGAAUGUCCUGACGAUGGACUGGAUGGACGGCGUUGGAGUUACGAGGGUCACGUCGUUUACCCAGGACCAGCGUGAUUGGAUCGGCACUCAGAUCCUCCGCCUCUGCUUGAGGGAAAUCACCGAGUUCAAGUUCAUGCAAACCGACCCGAACUGGACAAACUUCCUCUACAACGCUAAGACGAACAAGCUCGAGCUGCUCGAUUUUGGCGCGUCGAGGGAGUAUCCAGAUGAGUUCGUCGUGCAGUAUGUUCAACUUCUUGCGGCGGCCUCAAGAUCUGACCACCAGGGCGUCAAGGAGCUCUCAGAGAGUCUUGGAUAUCUGACUGGCCAUGAAAGCAAGACGAUGGUGGAUGCUCACGUCAAGUCGGUGCUGACGCUCGCCGAGCCGUUUCUCGCCUCGGCGCCUGAGGUCUACGACUUUAAGGACCAAACCAUCACCGAGCGCGUUAAGGCCCUCAUCCCCGUCAUGCUGCGCGAGCGACUGGCGCCACCGCCCGAGGAGACAUAUAGCUUGCACCGCAAGUUGAGCGGUGCCUUCCUGCUUUGUGCCAGACUCGGUAGCAAGGUUCGAUGCCGAGAAAUGUUUGAGGAGAGCUUGAAGAAGAACGGUUACACCGUCUGA